CCUCACAGCACAUGCACUCCCCAAAUGUCAAGUGCACGGGCACAACCGGCUGGACACUCGCGGGCACACACACACACACACACACACACACACACACACGCGCGUGCAAACACGCGCACACACUCACGCACACACUCUGCUCCUAGGUGUGUGGGUCUGAAGUUGCUUCAGAGAGGUUGAGCUGAGAUGGACCUGUCUUCUUUGGCGCCUAGAGCGCUCCUUGCUGCCUUCCCCAGGACCCCAGAAAGAAGGAAGGAGGACAGGAGCAUCAGACAAGCCUUAGAGUUCUCUGUCCUUUCAGAGAGAUGACCAGCGCAGAAACCCCAGGCACCCGACGCCCUUGGAGUAAGUCUGCUGCAUGGAUAGGAUGCCAGCCUCUUGGGCUGGUCCUGAACUUGGGCCACCCAGGUUUGGCAACUUGUUUUGCGCAGCUCUGGAUGGAACCUGGACCCACCGUUCCCCAGCGACUUGCCUCCUCCGCCCCCUUUUGAAUUUCUGAACUCAAAAUGAAGUGGAAAGCAGUUUGGGGCUUCAGCGUACUUUGGCGGCCAGCUGCCUCCCGUUCGUGUUCAAAGGUGGGAGCAAAGGCCCAGCCCUGCUGGCUCUGCGAAGCCGGACAGAUUCCCGGGGGCAGAUGAGCAAUGACGUGGCAGAAGAUGCUGUGGGCUCCCGCAAUGCCACAGGUUUGACGGAUGAAAAAGUGAAGGCGUAUCUCUCUCUUCACCCCCAGGUAUUAGAUGAGUUUGUUUUUGAAAGUGUCAGUGCAGAGACCGUAGAAAAAUGGCUGAGGAGGAAGAACAACAAAUUAGAAGAUGAAUCGGCUCCGAAGGAAGUCAGCAGGUACCAAGAUACAAAUAUGCAGGGAGUCGUAUAUGAGUUAAACAGCUACAUAGAGCAGCGCCUGGACACGGGUGGCGACAACCACCUGCUCCUCUACGAGCUGAGCAGCAUCAUCAAGAUAGCCACAAAAGCUGACGGAUUUGCACUGUAUUUCCUCGGAGAGUGCAAUAAUAGUCUGUGCGUGUUCAGACCACCUGGGAUAAAGGAGGGCCAGCCCAGGCUCAUCCCCGCAGGGCCCAUCACCCAGGGCACCACCAUCUCUGCUUACGUGGCCAAGUCUCGGAAAACGCUGCUCGUAGAGGACAUCCUUGGGGAUGAGCGAUUUCCAAGAGGUACCGGCCUGGAAUCGGGGACGCGAAUCCAGUCUGUGCUGUGCCUGCCCAUAGUCACUGCUAUUGGUGACUUGAUAGGGAUUCUUGAGUUAUACAGGCACUGGGGCAAAGAAGCCUUCUCCCUCAGUCAUCAGGAGGUGGCAACAGCCAAUCUUGCCUGGGCUUCCGUAGCCAUCCACCAGGUGCAGGUGUGCAGGGGUCUUGCCAAGCAGACUGAGCUGAAUGAUUUUCUACUUGAUGUAUCAAAGACAUAUUUUGAUAACAUAGUCGCUAUAGACUCUCUCCUUGAGCACAUCAUGAUAUAUGCAAAAAACCUAGUGAACGCCGACCGCUGUGCCCUGUUCCAGGUGGACCACAAGAACAAGGAGCUGUACUCAGACCUGUUCGAUAUUGGGGAGGAAAAGGAAGGAAAGCCGGUCUUCAAGAAGACCAAGGAGAUCAGAUUUUCGAUCGAGAAGGGAAUUGCUGGCCAAGUAGCAAGAACAGGCGAAGUCCUGAACAUUCCAGAUGCGUAUGCGGAUCCACGCUUUAACCGGGAAGUGGACUUAUACACAGGCUACACCACGCGCAACAUUCUGUGCAUGCCCAUCGUGAGCCGUGGCAGCGUGAUCGGCGUGGUGCAGAUGGUGAACAAGAUCAGCGGCAGCGCCUUCUCCAAGACAGACGAGAACAACUUCAAGAUGUUCGCCGUCUUCUGCGCCCUGGCCUUGCACUGUGCUAACAUGUACCACAGGAUCCGUCACUCGGAGUGCAUCUACAGGGUGACCAUGGAGAAGCUGUCCUACCACAGCAUCUGCACCGCCGAGGAGUGGCAGGCCCUCAUGAGCUUCCACCUGCCGGCUCGCAUCCGCAGGGAGAUCGAGCUAUUCCACUUUGACAUUGGGCCUUUUGAAAACAUGUGGCCUGGGAUUUUUGUCUAUAUGAUUCAUCAAUCCUGUGGAACAUCCUGCUUUGAACUUGAAAAGUUGUGUCGUUUUAUUAUGUCUGUGAAGAAGAACUAUCGGCGGGUUCCUUACCACAACUGGAAGCACGCAGUCACGGUGGCACACUGCAUGUACGCCAUACUCCAGAACAACUACGGCCUCUUCACAGACCUCGAGCGCAAAGGCCUGCUCAUCGCGUGUCUGUGCCAUGACCUGGACCACAGAGGCUUCAGCAACACUUACCUGCAGAAGUUUGACCACCCACUGGCAGCGCUGUACUCCACCUCCACCAUGGAGCAACACCACUUCUCACAGACCGUGUCCAUCCUGCAGCUGGAGGGGCACAACAUCUUCUCCACCCUGAGCUCCAGCGAGUAUGAGCAGGUGCUGGAGAUCAUCCGGAAAGCCAUCAUCGCUACUGACCUUGCUCUGUACUUUGGGAACAGGAAGCAGUUGGAGGAGAUGUACCAGACUGGGUCACUGAAUCUGCACAACCAAUCACACAGAGACCGCGUGAUUGGGUUGAUGAUGACUGCUUGUGAUCUUUGUUCUGUGACAAAACUAUGGCCAGUUACACAGCUGACGGCAAAUGAUAUCUAUGCAGAAUUCUGGGCUGAGGGUGAUGAAAUGAAGAAACUGGGGAUACAGCCCAUCCCCAUGAUGGACAGAGACAAGAGGGAUGAAGUCCCACAAGGGCAGCUUGGGUUCUACAAUGCAGUUGCCAUUCCGUGCUACACCACCCUGACCCAGAUCCUCCCACCCACCGAGCCUCUGCUGAAGGCCUGCAGGGAUAAUCUCAGUCAGUGGGAGAAGGUGAUCCGAGGGGAGGAGAGUGCAUUGUGGCUCUCAGCCCCUGCGCCUGCCCAAGGGACGUCAGAGAAGCUGCCCCUGAAGGUUGAUGACUGAUCCCGACGGCUCGUCCUGCCCAGCAGCUGACUUCCAUCUGCUUCUUUGACUUUGUUUUUUUUAUUUUCAAGGGGGGACCUACACCUGAUAACGGGUGCAGACCCUCCCCAGAAGGUACCAUCACAUGCACAUGGGAAGCAGGUGACUUCCUCCCAGGCCUGUUGCACUCUCGGAGGAUAUGGAGCAACCUGGGCCUCCCCAUGUGCAAACAGAGCUGGGCCAGCGGCUCCCCUGGCUUGUGAAUGCUCUCUGCUGACGGGCCAGCACUGCACAGGCCUUGGCGGAGGUGGACAGAGACCAUGUGAGGGGAGCUCAGCUGCCUCCUUCCCUGAGGGUGUGAAUGGCACUACACGGUACUAUGCUUCACCGUUACCAACAGUGGGACUUUGGUGGUGUGCGUUAUAAAUAGGAUACACGUUGCUGUUGUGAAUGCUCCUGUGUGAUGUCCUUGUAAUUAGCUUGAAUUGUAGCUCACAGCCUCCGAUGUGUCAUGAAGGUUACAGAGUAACAAGCGAGAGCCAGGUCUCCUUCCAGAGCGUCUUGGCAUUAGGCAGAUUGGAGGUGUGUGCUUUCCAUGUAUCCAGGAACAAGUAUGUGAGUCAGUUUAGCUCUGGAGGGAACCGACCUCGGUCCUUUCUGGAGGCGACACAGGGUACUUAUGCCCCAGGAAUCUCAGAACUACGACCUCACUUCACAGAUUGAAAACACACUCUUCCUUAUGGUAGCCGUGGCAUCUUUACCAACCCUUUGCAUAAAGAACAAAAUAAAAGACAUAGAAAUUUUUCCAACAAACAAAUCUUGUGAAUGUAAAACGUGAAUUUUUAAGAAUGAGUCUUUUAUAUUUUCACUGUGUCACAGCAGAAUAUUAGUCACAUUCAAAAUGAACAAUUAUUCUAGAAGUCCCUUCACCACAUUGCUGGGCUCUCUUCAGAGCAGAUAGAGCAUAGUCUGUCUCCUGGAGCCUCCCUUUGCCCAGCCAGGUCUGGCCUUGAUGUGUCGGAGCCCUGGGUAUGGAUGGCUCUCUUACGUUACUUUCUGGUGACUAGUACUGUGCAAAGUGAUUGUUUGGAAAAGCCACCAGAGGACCCCAUGGGCCCCCUCCCACAGAGGUGUGAGGCUGUCACAGCUCCAUGCCAGAGGUGUCUUCAGGACAGUGGCAUGCAGAACGGAGAUAUCCGAACCCGUGCCUGGUUCUCUCUCACUUGAGCGAAUGUCUCAAGAAGUCAGACCAAAGCAAGUGGCUCAUUUACCAGUCUGUGGCAGGAACAUUCAGUGUCGCUAUAAAGUGAAUUUUUGACCUAUACUUCUACACCUAGUAUUUGUACACAUCACUGCUCACACGAGCUUGACUUUUGCAAAAUCCAGUCCGUUUUUUUCCCCCUGUAACAUGAGAGAUAAGUGCUGUAAUAGGUCUGUACACACACAUACAUGUGAGUGUAGACAUGUCUGUGUAUGAUGCACAUACACAUACAAGAAAAAGGAGAGAGAGAAAGGAACAUGUGUUCAUGUAAAAUAAGUUACCCGAUGAUCAGAAUCAGAGGUUCUCCAUGUUGGGACACAUGUCAGUUCAGCCAGGACGUGGGUGACGUGUCACUUCUGGUGUGAGCACAUUCACAGGCAGAAGGCUGAAGUGGAAUUGGACACCUCCAAAAGUGGCUUGAAUCCUGGAAGCUGAUUAGUCACCCGUCCUACCUUGGAGACUGAGUCGCUGGAAGAGAAGCAUCUUUUGAGACAGUUGUUAAUUAUGGGGAUUUUGAAGGUACACAUGGCCCCCAUUGCUGGGGAGGGGGGAUUAUGUGAGGAGGGAGAAUCUCGUGACUCCUUUAGCAUUGCAAGGUUGCUGUUGUGAUAAAAAUGCUAAGAAACUUCUCUUAAUUUGACAUAUCCCAGAAUAUCUUAUUACAUGACCUUUACCUUGAAUAGUUUCCCAAAGGAGUCUGUUAGGGAUUUAUUGAUUGAUCAGAUUCCUGUGAGACAUUAUCGCCAUAGAAGCAGAGUUUGGAUAAAGUCUCUGCUGGUGGAACCUGUUAACAUUGCUUUGACCACGUAUCAGACUCAAUUAGGAAGUGUCCCACAUGGAAGAUGCUGGAAUGUGGUGUACACAGUUAAUAGUUUGACUUGGAAUACACAGAGUCAGGAGUGCUUUUGUGUCUUGGCAAACAUGUUUUGAGUUCCAUCUCGUCUUUUUCUCGAAAGGUCAGUGUGAAGUCUGAGCAGACGCCUUCUAUUACCAAAACCUAGAGACUUCUCACCAAGGUAAACUUUAUGUUAAGCCAGAUUUUACCCAUCCAUUGCAGACUUAGUGACUAACAGUGAAUCGGAUAGAAUGUUUACAGACAUAACAUGAUUUAUGCCCAUUUGUAAUUCACAAGUUUUAUGGUCACAGCAAUUCAUUUUCUUUCCAGACACCUGAGCACAUUUUUAACUGGAAAUGCUCUUGGAAGUGGAAAUGCAGGGGCAGCACCAGCCUGAGGUAUUGAAGUUGGGCCGUGAAGUGAAAUCUGUAGACAUCAGUUAGUUGUGAAUGAGUAGUUGACUCUGUGAAUCAGUCCGAUCCGCAGGGAAAAGGGAAGGAAGUCAGACCUGCAAAGCCGCCCCUCCCUACGCUCCCCAGCUCACGUCUAAGAAGCUUGGGAGACCAGUGCGGGGAGAGGCCGGUUGAAAUUCUAGACCCCGUCAUCGUUCCUGUUCCUGGCUCCCCUCCAGUUUGAAGGAUGUGCUGGUCACCGGCACCUGAUGUGCCAAGUGACGCGACUCCACCGCAGCAAAAAACACAAAUUUGAAGCUAGGUUUGCUCAGCGCAGUCUCCCCCUUUUAGCAUUUACACUUUGGAUUUCGCACAAGCUGGGUGCAUUUUGCCUUUCCGAUGUUUAUUUCGCAUUAGGUAGCAUACGUUUCCACAUACAUCCUUAGGGACCUGGAUUUUAAUAGGUUUAGGUUGGAGUCUCACAUUUUUCUGAACUCUAAAUCAAGGUUUGAGCUUUAACAGGACUAAACCACUCACCAUGCCUCGGCCUGUGCCUUUAUUUUAAAGACUGAGCUUUUUCUCCUCCACCUAUGAACUCUUCACUUUGCUUUUCUUGCCUGAGCACGUGGGGAAGUGUCUGAAGGGGCUCCUUCCUGGCCAGCCUAUCCUGUCAUCGCCUCCCUGCAACGUGCUGCUGGGAUUCUCUUGCUCUGCAGGAACAUGUGAGAACUGGCUCUGGGGAAUGACAGGGCUCCGUUGGGUUUCUGCUCCAUAGCAUGAUUUUGAUUCUGAAAGUCCUCCUCUGUGUAGUUCCCACCUCUGUCUCCUCCGUGGUCUGCGGAUCUUAUCCGUGGUAUGAUUCUUUAGAUUCUUUGAAGACUGGCACCCCGUCUCUUCGGCGGACUCAGUACAAGUGCCAGUCUGGCUUGACAAUCGUUGUGAAAUUUUAGUUAGCUGAAGCUGCUGUCAGCCAUGGCUUUCCCACACGUGUCUGUGCAUGGCAAUUAAUAUUUCCACAUGCAAGUAUUUAUUCAGGUGUCCAUCUGGCUGGCUUCAUGUAUGCUGAGUUUGAAUUAGUGAUACCCAGCACAUAUAUACAUUUUGUCUUCAAAAUAAUAAAAAGAGCUGUAUAGUUUGAUGUAUCUAAAGUAUUUAAGCCAUUUUAUAGGAUGAUAAAAAGAGGUCAAGAGGAAGAAAAGAGGUCAGAGGUGUUCCUGUGGCCCAUGAGAAGGAUGGAACAAGGGAGGGCAGGAAUGUCUCCUAAGAAAAACAUCUAAAACCCAAAGAAACACCGCCCCAGUCACCCGGUGUUUCUCUUCCCAGCUCGGUGGUGGAGAGCAGUGUGGGGGCAACGGGCCAGAUCCAGAGUUUGCCAUGUAGGUCAGUUCCUACACUUCUGUGCGUGUUAAUCCCCAGCCACUGUACAUUUGCAGGUGUUUAAGUGGAAAGUUUUUAUCCCUAUUGUAAAUCAAAUCUCCAAAGGUAUCGUUCAGUACUCCAGCUCAUCCAAACACCACUGUAUCUCAAGCAUCGUCACCUUCAUUCUGAUGCGGUUGCCCCGUCCCCAGUCCACGCUGUAUCCAGAAUAGUGAAUAUAAAUGAGUGUGGGCACGUUGUUUUCCACACGAUCUGUCGUACGUGUACGUGCUAGAUGCUCAUUUACUGUGCAGACUGCAGGCAGUGAAUUUUUCCGCACAGACUUUCUCUACAGUGCCCCUUCCCUGUUUAAAAUCAUGUGCUUGCCAGAACACUGUGAAACACUUAGCAAACUAUCCAAAUGCGGCAUCUUCAUUCUUUCCGAGAAGAGGCGACUUUCUCUUCCUGAAUGUAGGAGUGAACGAGAUCCUAGAUCCACACCCAGCCAAGGCCCCUCCGGUCGCUGGUGACAGAACCUGCUGGAGCAGGACGCAGGUCACUUGCAAACAGCACUCCUGAGAAACUGAUCCGUAGCCAAUGGGUCUGUAGCCCAAGCCUUAACAGGCUUCUCCUUUGGAGGGAAAGAAAGAAUUUCACAUUAACAACACCCAACUUUAUUAUAGCUGAGGAGUUAGUAUAUUCCAAAAAGAAAUGAUUUUAUAUGUAUGACAUUAAAAUAUUUGUAAAAUGCGCAAGUGCAAUAAUUUAAAGAAGUCUUAACUUUGCAUUUAUAAAUUAUAAAUAUUGUACAUGUGUGUAAUUUUUUCAUGUGUUCAUUUGCAGUCUUUGUAUUUAAAAGCCCCUUUACUGUUCUGUUUGUAAUAAUACAACAGUAAUCAUUUAUUAUAACUAGACAAGGUGUAAAUAAAUUCAUAAUUCAAACAGCCAGUGUAUACGCAUAUAUGGGUGGUAUAUUGCAGAAUCUAUCUUUGUUUUACUUACAUGCUUAAAGCAGCAAGAAAUCUUUUGUCGAUAUGUAAUUAUACAUAUAAAGUAUAUAUAUAUGUAUGAUACAUGAAAUAUAUUUAGAAAUGUUCAUAAUUUUAAUGGAUCUUCUUUGGUGUGAAUAAUUGAAUACAAAGUUUUUAAAAUACCAUCUCUCAAGUU